ACCGCCCCGGGCCGGAAGUCACCUUGCAGCCGCUUCCUCACGCGAAGGCGUGUUGCGGAGCGGGACAGGGGGCAGUUUAGGAGGGAACAGAACAGCUCGGGGGCCUUCUUUAAGACCGAGGGCGUGGGGGUGGAGGGUAGGAGCGCGUGAAAAGGGAUUCAGGACCCACCUCCCGGGUGAGGGUCGCGGCGGCUCCUAGGGGUUGCCGGAGCCACUUGCGCAGGCGUGAGCGUCCCGGCGGGGGCGGGUCCUUAAAGGGGCCGCAGCGGAGGCUCUGUAGUUCCCAGGGUUGGGGGUGAUUCCGAGUCGUGAUAUUGUCACGGAGUUUCUCAUAUCCUGCUCCGGGGCAGGGAAUGGGGUAGUGGGCCCCAGAGGACCUUGCAGCCCAGCCCUCGGGCCUGCCCUGAGAACUUGAGUUUCAGCGCGUCUCCCCGUCUCCAGUCCGUGGCGCUAUGGCUCACUCUGGCUCUCGCAAGCGCUCGAGGAGCCGCAGCCGGUCCCGGGGGCGAGGGUCCGAAAAGAGAAGGAAAAAGAGCAGUAAGGACGCCCGGAAGAGCUGUUCGGCUUCUAGAUCGCAAGGCCGCAAGGCCAGCACCACCUCCUCUGGGGCAGAGGAGAGAAGCAAACACAAGGCGCGGAGGCGGCCACGGUCCAGCUCCUCCUCCUCUUCCUCCAGCUCUUCCAGCUCCUCUUCCUCCUCGUCCUCCUCCUCUUCCUCCAGCGAUGGGCGGAGGAAGGGGAAGCACAAGGACAAAAAGAGGAAGAAGAAGAAAAGGAAGAAGAAGCUGAAGAAGAAAGGCAAGGAGAAAGCAAAGGUGCAGCAGCCCGAGGCUCUGCCAGGCCCCUCGCUGGACCAGUGGCACCGAUCUGCCGGGGAGGAGGAGGACGGCCCAGUGCUGACGGACGAGCAGAAGUCGCGCAUCCAGGCCAUGAAGCCCAUGACUAAGGAGGAGUGGGACGCGCGGCAGAGCGUCAUCCGCAAGGUGGUGGACCCUGAGACUGGGCGCACCAGGCUCAUUAAGGGAGACGGUGAGGUCUUGGAAGAAAUCGUAACCAAGGAGCGACACAGGGAGAUCAACAAGCAAGCCACCCGAGGGGACGGCCUGGCCUUCCAGAUGCGCGCGGGGCUGCUGCCCUGAGGCCCCACCGAGGUCUGCGGGCGUUGGCGGGGGCCCAGCAGGGAGGCGGCAGGAGGCCAGAUGGGUGCGGCUUGUCUCCGGCGGACCGGCUCUGGCUGCCUCCUCUCAGGUGCGGGGGACCAGGGCGGCUGUCCCUGUCAGCCUUCUGGAAGCGCACAGCUUCCCAGACAUUAAACGUUCCCUGGUCGGAGA